CCCAACACAGCGACUUCGUCCCGACAAAYCUUGUACUAUUCAAAACUUGAAUACCYAUUCGUUGUAACAUAGGAAAGAGCUGGGGUGAAAGUGGCUUUGUCUAAAAGAUCUACCGUAUCAUCACGAGACAUAUACUGGAAGAACGCAAAGACCCUGCUAAGAAGCCAGACGAUCACGAUAUCAAGAAGACCAGAAAGGAUUUAGUACAGUUCGUCCGCGGAGUUCCAACCAAACUACCCACAUUUACGUAUCGAUWCUGUACAUUCAUGAUGAAGACCUCUWCGUCACUUUUGAUCCUCGUCAUCGCCAUACUGGCAGCGUCCUGUUUCGCGUUUCAGCCACUGACGUACACGAARACACCCAGUACCAUGUUUGGCAGCAGCACGGAACUGAGACAGUCCGCGGAAGGCAUGUCGAAUGAUGCUCCUCCCCUGAAACGCAACCCCCCCAAAAAGGUUUUCCUCAUGGUGGAACCCACUCCGUUCACCCAUGUMUCGGGGUAUGCCAACCGAUUCAAGGAAAUGCUMAAGUUCCUUUCCAAGGCCGGUGACGAGGUUGAGAUCCUCACGGUUGACUCCAAAACACCCAAAAAAGAUCUACCUAAAGAGUCAUUUGGAUUCAAAAUUGAACACACGCUUGGAUUUACUUUUCCACUCUACAAUCAAAUUUCAUUGACUCUUGACUUGCCCGAAAUGAAGGGUUCGUCAAUGCUGGACAAAUUCAAACCGGACUUGAUCCAUGUCACAAGCCCGUAAGUAAUUGAAACUGUGACAAGUUGAAUGCUAUGCGCACGUCGUUCUCGUUCCACGACAGAACUCAUCAUACAUCGUUUUCAAAAAUAUUGGUUUUCCGACUGCUGGAUUGCAUGGAACAUCGAUGCUCAAUCCACCCUUCCAGAGGAUUUAUGGUCCUGGCGGCAAUUUUCUAUUCUCGUACCAUGUGCAUUCCGUUGGUCAUGAGUUACCAUACCCAUUUGCCGGCCUAUGGCGCCAACUAUUUAGGUUUCAUUCCCGGAAUCGAGGAGUUCKCUUGGAAGCUCUUGCGGUUUGCCCACAAUCGAGCCGACUUGACUCUGGUUACCUCGCCGCAAAUAAAGAAUGAACUCCUCGAGAAUGGCAUCUCUCGCGUCGAUGUCUGGCGGAAGGGUAUCGACACCGAGCGUUUCAACCCAAGAUUCAAGGAYGCUGAAAUGAGGAAGCUAAUGUCUGACAACAAUCCCGAUGACUUCCUCAUGGUCUAUGUCGGGCGUCUGGGAGGAGAAAAGAACAUCAAAUACGUCCGUGACAUGAUGGAAAAAAUGCCCAAUGCCCGGUUUGCCGUUGUCGGCAAGGGACCACAAAAGGACGAGUUGGUGAAAUAUUUCGAGGGAACCAAGACUGUGUUCCUCGGUCAGCGCARUGGCGACGAGUUGUCGCAGGCCUUUGCCAGCGCGGACGCCUUUAUCAUGCCCAGUGACUCGGAAACCCUCGGAUUUGUCGUCUUGGAGAGCAUGGCCAGUGGUGUUCCCGUUGUUGCCGCAAACGCGGGUGGAAUUCCCAGCAUUAUCACAAACGAGAAGGAUGGCUUCCUCGUGGAAACCACCGACAUUGAUGGAUACGUCGCGCGCCUGAAACAAUUGGAGGACAAGAAAUUUCGCGAUGACAUCGCCAAAGCGGCCCGCGCCGAAGCCGAGCGCUGGGGCUGGGAGGCUGCCACAUCCGUCCUCCGCAAUGUCCAGUACGAAAAGGCGAUGGUGAACUUCCAUUCCCGUGCAUUUGGUGGCUUUGGCAAGCCCCGCACAAGAGGUCUGCUACGAUUGUUUGCCUUCCGGUUGAAGAACGUCUUCCGACGCCUCGGAUCAAAACUCGGGUUGGUAUCCAAGUCGAAGGACAAUUUCGGAGGAGAGAAAGAGGCACAAGCUGCCAGCAACUAAUYGACAGAGCUAUAUUUUCUACAUCACGAAUCACAUAUACGAAACGCACAUCAUCAUAUUUGCGACUCUUUGUCAUGUAACAAAAAAUAACUACUAAUAUAAUUUUUCACCAACA